ACCACAACACCAGUCCAGUUAUGUCAGAGAAAUCUGAACAGACUGAUGCUCCUUCUCCAUAUAAAGACCUAACCUUACCGGUCAUGUUUCCCGAACUGCAUACAGAAGAUGAGGGUGGUGCUACUACCUUGUCAUCGUCGACAUGCAACCCCAACCUGUGGAAUAUGUUGCAUGCAGCCGAGACCAGAUGGAGCGAGCAGUCUCAACCGUCCAACGGAAACGCGGCCGAGGUGUCCGUUGGGGCGGGAGAGACAGUGAUCGACGCGCUAAAUAUGGAGAGGCAAAUCCAGUUUGCUGAUCAGAAGCAGGAGUUUAACAAACGUCUCACUAAGACCGGUCGUCGCUCCCUGUCCCGCUCCCUCUCCCAUUCCUCCACAGACAGCUACAGCUCAGCUGCGUCGUACACAGACAGUUCAGAGGAUGAGAUGUCUCCUAGAGACAGGCAGCAGAGGAGCUCUAAGGGACAUCAAGACUUCUGCAUCAAGAACAUCAAACAGGCCGACUUUGGACGCAGGGAGAUCGAGAUUGCUGAACAAGAGAUGCCAGCUCUGAUGGCCCUGAGAAAGAGAUCAGGGGGCGAAAAGCCGCUGGUUGGUGCUAAAGUAGUGGGCUGCACUCACAUCACCGCUCAGACCGCUGUCUUGAUGGAGACUCUGUCUGCGUUGGGGGCUCAGUGUCGCUGGGCAGCCUGUAACAUCUACUCCACCCAGAAUGCUGUGGCUGCAGCUCUUGCUGAGGGAGGCUUCUCUGUGUUUGCAUGGAAGGGGGAGUCGGAGGAUGACUUCUGGUGGUGUAUUGACCGCUGUGUCAGCCUGGAGGCCUGGCAGCCCAAUAUGAUCCUGGAUGACGGGGGAGACCUGACCCACUGGAUCUUUAAGAAAUACCCCAACAUGUUCAAGAUGAUCAAGGGAAUCGUGGAAGAGAGUGUCACAGGGGUUCACAGGCUGUACCAGCUGUCCAAGGCAGGGAGACUGUGUGUCCCUGCUAUGAACGUCAAUGACUCCAUUACUAAGCAGAAGUUUGACAACCUCUACUGCUGCAGGGAGUCCAUACUGGAUGGAUUGAAACGCUCUACAGAUGUGAUGUUUGGGGGAAAGCAGGUGGUGGUGUGUGGCUAUGGAGAGGUUGGUAAAGGUUGCUCUGCCGCUCUGAAGGCCAUGGGCUCAGUAGUGUAUGUCACGGAGGUGGACCCCAUAUGUGCCCUGCAGGCCUGCAUGGAUGGCUUCAGACUGGUCAAGCUCAAUGAGGUCAUCAGACAGGUGGACCUGGUCAUCACCUGCACAGGCAACAAGAAUGUGGUAGCAAGAGAGUACCUGGACAGGAUGAAGAACGGCUGCAUCGUCUGUAACAUGGGACACUCCAACACUGAGAUAGACGUGGUGAGUCUGCGGACCCCAGAGUUGACCUGGGAGAAAGUGAGAUCACAGGUGGACCAUGUCAUCUGGCCCGAUGGCAAGAGAAUAAUCUUACUGGCUGAAGGUCGUCUGUUGAAUCUGAGCUGCUCCACAGUGCCCACCUUCGUCCUCUCCAUCACCGCCACCACACAGGCCCUGGCUCUGAUAGAGCUUUACAACGCCCCAGAGGGACGAUAUAAACAAGACGUCUACCUUCUGCCCAAAAAGAUGGAUGAGUUUGUGGCCAGUCUCCACCUGCCAACGUUUGAUGCCCACCUCACAGAGCUGACGGAUGAGCAGGGUAAAUACCUGGGCCUCAGCAAGACCGGACCCUUUAAACCGAACUACUACAGAUACUAAUCUAUGGUAGUGAAGACCAAAGACGUACCAUACCAUCCCAAAGACUGGCUCAGAGGGAAGGAGGACCAGGAGACCUGGCUCAGAUUUGUGUUUAUGGGGGAACUAUAGCCCAGCACUGACGGAUAACACCACAACCAUGAUGUCUGACUGACCUUUAACCCCUGUCCUCUGACCUCUGCUGAGCCAUCUGACCUCACUGGAGGGCCGUCAUUGGUCUGAGAGAAUUGAUAUGCUGAGAAGCUAUUUUUUUUAUGUACAUAAAGUAUUAUUGUGAACAGAAGCAGAAAUGAUCAUUUCCCACCAGAUUCAUAUCCCAAGGCCAGACUCAGUUGCCGGGUUUGAGUUUUCUAUUUUACAUGAUUUUUAUCUGUUGUCUGAAGUGGCGGGGUUUGGAGGAGGUGUAUGUUAUUUAGCAGAAUCUUACAAAAAUACCAAGUUGUAACAGAGGAACACAGAUUAUCUAAUAAAAAUAUAAAUACAUCUUAUUUUCAAUCUUUCCAAAGAUAUCUAAAUAAUGUUUGAACUUUCUGAAUGUAAACAAAGCAGAUAAGUAAUAACAAAUAGGUUCAAGUUGACCAAAUGUUACAUUUUACCAUAUUUUUUUCUGAGUCUUUUCCAAAGAUAAAGUUGUGACCCAGCUGCUAGUCAGUCUCAUUAACUCUGCUCUCCUCAAACAGCGUGUCUGUCUCUGUAGUUCUAACUAUGCCCAAUAGGUGGUGCAAUGAAGCUAGUCAAAGAAGUGUAGCGGCUGUUCUGUGGAUGUUUCUGGAGUUUGGUUACUCACACACACACACACACACACUUACAGGAUACAGUGGUAGAUGGACCUGUGUGUUUGUUUAGGUCUUCCCUCCUGACCUGUAGAUAAUAUGUGGGGUGAGGAGAUAGACUGAUCCAGAGUCAUUACUUUACUGUAAGUGCCCUUCUGGAUGGGAGAGGUGAUAGCAGGGCCAAUGUUAUGACCUGUCCUGUCUUACCAUACCUCCUGGCCCCUCCUAAUGAAAUACAUAGUUUUUUUUUUACUUUUUGUUUGCUAUAACACUGAUUUAUGUAUGACAUUAAGGCCAUUUCAAGUUUAAAUUACCUAUAAAAAAUAAUUGUCUUGUUAAAUGAAAUAUGGCUCAAGUAAUUGACUGACAGGGUUGUACACCUAUCAUGUGCAUCAAAUCAAAAUCAAAUCAAAUUUUAUUUGUCACAUACACAUGGUUAGCAGAUGUUAAUGCGAGUGUAGCAAAAUGCUUGUGCUUCUAGUUCCGACAAUGCAGUAAUAACCAACAAGUAAUCUAACUAACAAUUCCAAAACUACUGUCUUAUACACAGUGUAAGGGGAUAAAGAAUAUGUACAUAAAGAUAUAUGAAUGAGUGAUGGUACAGAGCAGCAUAGGCAAGAUACAGUAGAUGGUAUCGAGUACAGUAUAUACACAUGAGAUGAGUAUGUAAACAAAGUGGCAUACUUAAAGUGGCUAGUGAUACAUGUAUUACAUAGGAUGCAGUAGAUGAUAUAGAGUACAGUAUAUACGUAUGCAUAUGAGAUGAAUAAUGUAGGGUAUGUAACAUUAUAUUAGGUAGCAUUGUUUAAAGUGGCUAGUGAUAUAUUUUACAUCAUUUACCAUCAAUUCCCAUUAUUAAAGUGGCUGGAGUUGAGUCAGUGUCAGUGUGAUGGCAGCAGCCACUCAAUGUUAGUGAUGGCUGUUUAACAGUCUGAUGGCCUUGAGAUAGAAGCUGUUUUUCAGUCUCUCGGUCCCAGCUUUGAUGCACCUGUACUGACCUCGCCUUCUGGAUGAUAGCGGGGUGAACAGGCAGUGGCUCGGGUGGUUGUUGUCCUUGAUGAUCUUUAUGGCCUUCCUGUAACAUCGGGUGGUGUAGGUGUCCUGGAGGGCAGGUAGUUUGCCCCCGGUGAUGCGUUGUGCAGACCUCACUACCCUCUGGAGAGCCUUACGGUUGUGGGCGGAGCAGUUGCGUCUCUUUUUUACCGCCAUUUCGAAUUAGUAGUGGGUGGAGCGUUAGUUAAACACAACAGUGUGCCUCGGUGAUCAGUAGGCCUGGAUACCUUCAAAAUAGAUAUUAGAAAUUGGUUUAAAAAGAAUGCAUCAUCUGCUGCAACAAGUGCCGCUCAAAUUCCACUCGUCCAAGCCACUGCUACGGUUGUUGGCGAUCACGGCAAGAGUUCAUUUUAUUAGUAUUAUAAUGUUUCUUAGGACGAAUGAAUAAUGGAUUUCUUUGUGAUGGUGUAUAUUAAAUGGAUGUAUUUCAAAAAAGACGCCCACCCACGUCCCACACUCUUUACAGGUGUAAAAGACUUAUGCCGGCAAUAUGUGGUAAAAAUGUAGCCGUUUUUUACAUGCAGCAUACGGAAAUUCUUCUGUGAACUAGAGGCAAAUCUUUUGGGAUGCUUCCCAAUCUACUUAAUUACUGUCGGAAUUAUUCUUGACUUGGUUUGCACAUGCAAUCAAAGAUUUGCAUUAGCCUAUUAUAAAGGAUAUGUCGAUAUGAACAGCUAAGAGGAGUGUUGUUAGUAAAAUAAUUUACAUUUCUUUGAAAUCUUACUGUAUUUCGCCAUUUUAUGUUGUUAGGCCAUGCAUACUACAAAUAUACGGAGCUGUCCAUAGUGCUUAAGUUAGAGAUCAAUGUACCAUUAAUGAGGAAGCCUACAGAUCACCAACAGGCCAAGUCAGCACGUAGAACAUGGCCAGGAGUAUGUAGGCCUAUGUUGUGCCUUUUAUUAUGUUUUUGGAAUGCUCUAUAACAAUGGGAAUUAAAAUUCCAACCCCA